GGAUAUCCUGAAGCGUGGGGGUUCAGCAGUGGAUGCCGCUAUCGCUGCUCUGCUGUGUGUGAGUGUGAUUAACCCUCAGAGUAUGGGCAUCGGUGGAGGACUGGUGUUCACCAUAUACAAUGCUUCGAAUGGAAAGGUGGAGACAAUUAAUGCUCGAGAGACUGCCCCAAUGAGUGCUACAGCAGACAUGUUUGACAAUGAUCCUCAAAAACAGUAUCCAGGAUUAUUAAUAGCUGUACCAGGAGAACUGCGUGGUUAUGAAAUGGCACACAAAAGGUACGGGAGACUGCCAUGGAAAGAGCUGUUUGUGCCCAGUAUAAAGCUGGCAUCAGAGGGGUUUAAGAUUGGCAAAGCCCUGGCCAAUGCCAUCAAUGAUGAAAAAGAGAAAAUUCUGAAAAAUGCAGCAUUGCGUGAAGUCUUUUGUGACUCACACAAUACCACCUUGAAGGAAAAUGAUACCAUAAGUUUUCCCCAACUAGCUGCCACCUACAGGAAGAUAGCAAAAAAUGGAGCAAAUGCAUUUUACAACGGGUCACUGACUCAGACUCUAGUGAAUGAUAUCAACGCUGCAGGAGGAAAUAUCACACGUGAAGACCUAAAGGAUUAUAAACCAGAGUUGACAGAGUAUGCAUUGAAUUUUACAGUGGGGAGGUACACAUUCUAUGCUCCAACUGCUCCAUUCGGUGGACCUGUGCUCGCUCUGAUAAUGAAAAUACUCCUGGGUUUCGGCUUCUCAAAGAAAAGUGUGUCCACAACAGAGAAUAAGACUUUGACCUAUCAUCGCAUCAUAGAGGCUUUCUGCUUAUCUAAUGCCUUGAAGAAUAAUCUGUCGGACCCACGUUAUGAUAAAAGCGUCACUGAGUUAAUCAAAAACAUGACUUCAGACAGCUUUGCGGACGACACCAGGAGGAAGAUUAAAGAUAACACUGCAUCAGCCUGCAACAAGCUGCUGGAUGACAAUGAUGACAAUGGCACAUCUCACGUGUCUGUCCUUGAUAAAGACGGCUAUGCAGUAGCAGUGACCAGCAGCAUCAAUAACUAUUUCGGUUCUGGUGUGAUGUCAGGCAGUUCAGGCAUUAUAUUUAAUGACCAGAUGUCAGAUUUCAUUCAGAUGAAGAGUGAACGUAACAAAAUUGAAGGAGGUAAAAGACCCCUGUCAUCAAUGUGUCCCACAAUAAUACUGGACAAAGGAAAAGGAAAAGGAAGAAAAGUCAGAAUGGUGGUUGGAGCAGAAGGAGGGAUGAAUAUCACCACAUCUGUUGUUCAGGUGAUCCUGAACUACCUGUACUUUGGCUAUGAUCUGAAGAACUCUGUUGAUCAACCCAGAUUUCACAUCACACCAAUUGGGACAUAUGUGGAUGAUAACUUUAAUGAGACUGUGAUUAAAGGCUUGGAGAAGAAGAAUCAUACUAUUAUACGUAACGAUACUGAAGAUUCAGUGGUUCAGGCGAUUGGAAAAGAAUGCACCAAAAUCUGUGCUGCAUCUGACUUCAGGAAAUAUGGCAAACCUGCUGGAUACUGA